AUGAAACAUAUACAAAACAAAAAAUUAUCAACAUCUUACUAAACCCUAUUUAAGCUGGAAAAGGAUUACUCAAGAUGUAAUCAUUAGCCCCUUUCAGCUUAUUUACCUAGAAAUCAAAAUAAUAGGCUAACAGCCCAUUCACACUAGAAAAUAAAUAGAGAAAGACAGCACCUGGACAUCUAAUUUGAACAAUAAGAACAACCAAAAGCUCAAUUUGCAGAGUGUGGUGAUAUGACCUUUUCAGAAACAUAUGAUAACUACAUUCAGAAAUGCCAUAGCAAUGAAAGUUAAGAAGGUAAUACCUCUGAAGCAGCUGCAAAUUCAGAAGGCUUCUCAACUCCUUAGUAAAAUAGCGAGAAAAACAUAGAUUUAAAGACUGAUUCAACCUCAGUAGAUCUUCAUUUUAAUGAGUAAAGCAUUUUAUCAGAAAAUAGCAACUAGGAUAUGGAUAUUGCAAUGAGUGAUUCUGAUCUAAAAGAUGAUAGUCCUCAAAGUAUAUAAGAAGAUGCUCCAAUUGAAAAUUUGAUAAAACCUAACGAUUAACAGUAACAAAAAUAUAUCUAAAACUUGAUUUUGCAAACAAUCCAGCAAAAUAUCGAGACAGUGAGACGUUUGCCUCCAUAUUCUGAGAUAAUUAAUAGGCAGAACGUAUAACCCUUACUUCCAUCAUUAGAAAAUUAAGUAAUCAAAAUAAAGUUCAUGAGUAUUUAGAAUUAAAAAACACUAGUCCUUGAUAUGGACGAAACCUUGGUUCAUUGCAGUUUUGAGGCCUUCUACGGAUUUAAUGAGAUUAUUCCAGUAUCGCAUAAUUUUUCUUCCAAUGAGGGAUCUCCUAAAUCCUUAUAGCUCUUUGUUGCUUAUCGCCCCUAUCUACUAGAAUUUAUUUAGUAAAUGUCUGCGCAAAAUCUUAUGCUGAUCUUAUUCUUAAUAAAAUAGACCCUGAAAAUAAAUUUUUCAAACACCGACUCUAUCGCGAUUCUUGUAUCUAGCUGA